UAAAACAUGUAUUUAUUUGUAUUGUUUCUGUCACAGCAUAGCCUUAGGGGAGAGGCCAAGAGUGGAAAUGUUUGUUGAAGCUGAGCCCCGGGCUGCUCUGGCUGAAACUAAGUUCCAGUAACACUGAUCCCUAUCAAAUGUUAUGUCGCCACAGUUGCAGUGACUUGACGAACUACACUUUUUUUGUUUUUUAAACUUAAUUGAUAUAAUGUAUUUGUUUUAUUUAAAAACAUUUAGGUUUCAAGGCAUACGAUACGUGCAGUAAUGCACGCAGCGCCCUCAAGCGAGUGAUUCAAAGUCUUGUGGACGGAAGCUACUUGCAGGACACAAACUGUCAGAAAGGUUCACCUAUCAUUGGUUUUUUUGGUCCCUCAUCGGCGACUAUUGCUUCUACUGUAUCUGCCUUUGUCAAGAGAUUUAAUUUUACUCACUUGCCCCUACAUCUGGAUUUUUUAGACAACGAAAUUAAGGUUUCCAUAGCAGUACUACUUCAGUUAAACUGGCGUCAGGUGGCGCUAUUGAGCAGCAGUUAUAUUGUUUCAGAAAAAUUCCACCAAGCGUCUUCGUCGGCCAACAUCUGUGUGAGUGUAUCGGAGGAACUGUUUUCCGACAGACUUCUUCCCCAGCAGUGUCAAGACCUCUAUGAAGAGAUUCGUCAGUCUGGAACACGAGUUAUUGUAGUUUUGGGCUACGAUUUUGAAGUUGUCAAGACGUUACAGUACGCUGAGAAUUGUAACAGUUCAAAUUUUUAUUGGUUAACGGUGGGUCUGAAUGACGCUGACUCUAUAUCGGACUUCCAAAUGAAAAUAAUCAGCAUUACGGCUUCUCAAGAACGGUUUCCUGACCUGGAAGACAGAGUAUAUCUUGAGAUUGAUGGGAACGCGUCCGACGAGUGGUCUUCGCACGACAAUAACUCAGGCUUACACAACUGUUUUAAUACUGGGUUCUUGGCUCAGGUCUCUUCAGACGCCCCCUGUCGCAAGUACGAAGCACUAGGAAUAUCCGAAACCGUUCGAACUGUCGUGAGUUAUGGGGUUCAUUUAAAACAGUUAGUUAACUCGAGUUGUCAUCAGGCCAAGAAAGGCUGCGUUAAGAACACUGUUAAUUGUGAACAGGCCAAGAAAGGCUGUGUUGAGAAAAUUGUUGCUCUUCUGUCCCAGCAAAAUAUCAAAGCUCUACAAACCGAAAUCACCAAUACACUUCGUGAAACUAAGUUAGAAGAAGAAGAAUUUAUUCGAUAUGACAUCUUAUCUUCAGAAACAUCAUCUUCGGAAGAUGGGUCAAAGUUUACGAAGGUAGGAGAAUUUUUUAACGACAAGCUACAGCUGAAUCCAGAGAAACUCGGGAUUUUCCACCAGGUGGAGAAAGGAUGGUAUAAAAUUCCUAAUUAUCAGUGCGAUGGAGCUGGCUGCCGUUGUUUAAACAGGAACGUGACGGAAGAUUACACGAGCUUUUGGAACCAAUGGCGAUCUGAAACGUGGAUAACUAUUUUUGUUACCAUUUCUUGCAUGGGCAGUCUGAUAGCACUGGCAGUAAUCAGUUUCAUCAUUUGGCGAAUUUGUCGAGGCGACACCAUCGAGGGAAAUCAGGGAUUCGCAGUUCUGUCGCUAAUCGGGAUUAUAAUUAAUUACAUCGCCAUCUUGCCUUUUGCUUUCCUUCCUACAGAGGCGCUGUGCACACUGCGUUUGUUGUCUGUCGGUCUGGCCUACACCCUUCUCUUCUCGCCAUUAUUGGUACGUUCGCUUAUGUUGGCCACCACCGACACGGACGGCCUGCCCGGACAUGUUAGUGGCUUAGUCCAGAGCGCCCUCUAUUUCUUCUGUGUCGGAGUACAGGGAGCUUUGUCAGUGGAGUACUGGUGGUUGUCAAAAGUACAACAUUUUCAACUGGUGGAAGAAAGUGGAGAAUUCAGUAAAACGUGUAUCCUUUCUCAUGAUCGGAUUCUCAUCUCUCUCGCGUAUGCCAUUCUACUUUUGGUAUUUUGGAUCUUCGUGUCGCCAUUUUGUGUGCGUAACAGGAGAAACUACAGAGAAGGGCUAUUCUUUCACAUUGCCAGCCUGGCUUCUUUGGUUGUCUGGGCCGCGUGGAUCACAGGAUUUAUUCUUCUGGCGGAAGAUUUGAGAGAAAAGUUACUGUGCUUAGGCCUGAUAGCGAACGCCACCGUUGUUCUGGUGGUUAUUUUUAUCCCACGGGUUUAUAAGAUGACGACGGCGAUAGCCCUGGACACUGCAAACGUCAGCCUGAGGCCCGUGGGGCAGCUAACAGCCCCAAGUCUUACCGAUAUGACGGUAAGAAGUUCCAACGUUAUGCUGUAUGACACUGUCAAUCACGCCUAUGCCCCCGAGUCGGUAAUGCACGCUGUGAAAGAAGAGCUGGAAGCAUCUUCUUUUGAUGAAUACGACAGAUGCUCAACACCAUCAAAAGUUACGAGACUCUAAUUAUAUGAUGUUUAUGGAUGCUAAUAAAUAAAUAACCAUGGAAACUGGAGUGGCUAAGCCACGGUAAUCGACAGUUAUUUAUAUAUUAAAAAGCGUUUAUUAGUUUGGAAGAGGUUGAAACCGACUUCUAUAUUAAAAGAACACUACGUGACGCUUCUUACAGCUUUGAUCAAACCAUUCGAAUUGUCCUUUUAUAAUUGUUUUUUGUGCGGUUCAUUCUUGCAAAAGCGACACCUUUCAACAACUACUAUACUUUCCAGAAGAAUAAAAAAAUUAAAAUAUAAACAAUUUUUAGCGGCGUCUAUAAAAUUCGACAAUGCGUUCAAUUUUCAAAGUUUUUCAUAUAAGAAUAAAUAUUUCAAAGAAAUUUACUGAAACAACGAGAAAUAAUUCUCGUUUAACGUUGCUGGAUUCCACGUGUGAUUUUUGAUGUUGUUUUCUUUUUUUUUAAAUAUAAAUAUUAGAGCUUGAAUGAGUAGACAGGAGAACGUGUAAUGAAUUAUUGUACGUCUUUAAUUUGAAUCGUAAACACUUGCUGAGCCACGUGUUCAAGUUAUAUGUUCUGAAGUUAACGUACGGGGAGUGUUGAAGUCAACAAUGGGAUCAGUUUUGUUAUUUAUAAUACAGAGUGCUGUGGGUCAACGGUAAGUUUUACUGACUUACAAUGCUUAAAUCCGGGGCUCGAUUCCUCGCAGUGAACAGAGCGUAGAUAGCCCGUUGUUUAGCUUUUCGCUUAAAAAAAAAUGUAAUUUCCUAAACACUCACAUUGAGUUUCAGUUUGUAAACUCUGUAAGGAGUAUUUUUUCCAACCAUUCAAUUAAAAACUUGGCCAGUUUCUAAACAUCCGUGGUGAGGAUUGGGUUUUUCAACCAUUCAAUAAAAACUGGGCCAUUUUCUAAACACUCACAGUGAGGAGUAGGUUCUGUUUUCAAUCAUUUAAUAAAAAAACUUUCUAAACACAGACCGACUUGUAAAUUGCCCGUGUUUAAACUUGUUGUCGGAGCUGAAGAGGAGUCAAAACAAAGAAAUAAUCGUAUUGCAUUUUCAGAUCAGAUCAGACAAUGAGUCCAGGUGUAGUAUACCAUAAUCCCAUGCGUCACUGAUUAUAGUACAUAAAAUAAGACAGGGGAGAAAAUUCAUAUCAGUUAAUUUCAUCCCUUAAUUAAGAUGGGUUCGCCCUGCCAGGGAGUGGACAGAGGACCAAAGUGAUACAAGCUUGUAGCCAUUUCCGUAUGCAUUCUUUACCUAAGUAAAAAUAAUUUUAUCACAUGUUUGAGUCUUUCGACAUCCGGGUAACAAGAAUGGCAAUAAGUACACGUGCACGAAAAAUUACACGAAUAUUUAUGGAACAGUGAAAUUAGUAGCUAUUUUGGCUACAGGGUACCACGAGCUGUAGUGAUAAAAACUUGUUAUAUUUUAUUACACUCGGAGUGUUUUUUGUAUAAAAAAAAAGUUUGGCUAUACAAACUUAAAUUUGGUGUCAAUUAAAUGGUCACAGACGGACUUGGCAACAGCAACGUAUAUUACCAAGAUGAUAAGUACUGUGACAUGCCUCUGCUCCUUACUUGUUUUAAAACCUGCUUGGAUACGCUGGAUUGAAGCAUUUGUUAGUGUACGUUAUAGUUCAGUCUUUAGUUCACUAGUAAUUACCAACACUACUUUCUGUGUUAAAUGUUUUCAGUAACUAUAAAAUAGGCUUUUCAUGGUUGUUCAAGGUCACGAUAAUCUGGACACAUUUAUUUAAUAAUUUCAUGAAACUUUCUGAUUUAAGCUACUAGAAGAUGAAGCACCAUAUAAUUAAUUGUCAUCCACUGCGGUGUUAUUUAACAUCGUACAGUGUUACCAUGACAACUAAUGUAUAUAUCCUGUAUUUUUUUUCUCCUUACGUGAUUCGGGUUAAUGAAUGCACAGUGUUUCACAUUGCAAUGUCGUCUUUGCUUACGUGAGUAUCGUUAAGACUACAGUGAAUAUAUAAUAAGGAUGUAAUUGUUUAUUUAUUAGUUGGUGCCAAUCACGUGCACUUAAUAAUUAUAUAUAUAAAUAUAUGUAUAAUGCAUUCUAGAAAUAUUUAUUAUUCCUAGACGCGUGUAUUAAACAUUUUGGUCACCAGGUGUAACUGUUGUUCAUAUGUGAUUGUCUCACUUAAAUCUACGCCAUAAUGAUAAUAUACAAUAUCUUUAUUUUGUUUAUUUUUUACUUUUUAAGUCAGAAAGUAUAUAAUAACACUCUUUAAGGCACAAAAAGCGCGCGUUGUUGCUUUAGGCUUUAUAGCAUCGUUUUUGACACUUUCCACUCGUAAAUACUAGGUUAUUAUAAAACAUCUUACAAACUUUUGAGUAGAAAUAGAUCAUGAGUAGGUGAAUGGUUUCGUCUGAUCUAAACGUUUUAAAUAAUUUCUAUUAACUGAAACGCAGAACAAAACAGAAAAUAUUGACCAAUAAA